AUGAUCCGACGGGAGAGCAAGCGGAGAUCCCGGACCGAGGCCGCUGGUAGGAUGGAUUCCAGCACCCUCCCGGGAGCCAGCAGGAUCAUCCGGCGGAAGAGCCGACGCCACAUGACCUGCCCCAACCCUCGGGAGAUCAACCAGGCCUUGGCCUGCAUCAGCCUGGGAGAACUGAAUCGAUCCUGCACCCUGGAGGAGCUGAUCGAGAAAUGCCUCCGCUCCUUCGAUGUGGAUGGGAAUCUGUGCACCAGCGACUUCAUGGUGAACAUGACACUAACCAUUCACAGUUGGGUGGUCCCGUCUGCAGAGCUCGCCCGCCGUCUUCUGACUUUAUAUCAGGAAUCAGCUCAGGACAAGAAUCCUUCAUGCCAGCUGAGGAUCUGCCACUUUGUCCGCUACUGGCUUGUGAACUAUCCGGAGGCUUUUCACCUGGACCCCCACCUGGAGGAGGUGAUCACGGAAAUCUUGGAGGUGGUGAGGAACCAAGGCCCAACAGAACACCGCAACGUGCUUGAUGCAUCCUGCAUGGUGAGCCACAUCUGGAACCGUUCUCUCAGUUGCCAGAGCAGCCGUGCCAGUGGCAAGAAACGGAAGGUCUCUCUGCUCUUUGAUCACCUGGAUCCAGGUGAACUAGCCGACCACCUCAGUUACCUGGAAUUCAAGGCCUUCUGCCGUCUCUCGUACUUGGAUUUCCAGAAUUACGUGCUGCGUGGAUCCGUUCAUGGAAUCUCAGCCCUGGAACGUGCAAUUACCCUGUUUAACAGCAUCUCCCAGUGGGUGCAAGUGAUGAUCCUCAAGCGUCCCACGCCCCAACAGCGAGCAGAAGUCUUCACCAAGUUCAUCCACGUGACACAGAAAUUAAGGCAGCUGCAGAACUUCAACACGCUCAUGGCAGUGGUGGGAGGCCUUUGCCACAGCACCAUCGCUCGCCUCAAGGAGACCCAUGCGCUUCUCCCUUCCGAGGUGACCAAGGUGCUUGCUGAAAUGACCGAACUGCUCUCGUCCAGCGGAAACUAUGGGACGUAUCGUCGGGCCUAUGCCGAUUGCAAGGACUUCAAAAUCCCCAUUGUGGGAGUCCACCUCAAGGACUUGGUGACCUUGCACGAAGCCCUCCCAGACCGCGUAGAAGGUGGACGUCUCAACCUGAGCAAGCUGCAGAGCCUCUAUGAGCCGGUGUGGGAAUUCCGGUUGCGGCAACGAACGCAGCCGCCCUUCGAAGCCAACAAGGACCUGGUGCAUCUGCUGACCCUCUCCUUAGAUCUCUACUACUCAGAGGAGGAAAUCUACACCCUCUCGUACUCUCGUGAACCUCGCUGCCCCAAACUGCUGCCGUCCACCCAAUUCAAGCCCCCGGUGGUCGUGGAGUGGGCGCCCAGAGUCGCCACCAAGCCAGACCGUCUUGGCAUCAAGAAGCACGUCCAGCAGAUGGUGGAGUCCGUGUUCAAGAAUUACGAUCCUGACCAACGGGACAGCAUCUCUCAGGAAGACUUUGAGAACAUUUCUAUGAGUUUCCCUUUCUCCUUCUACGGCUUGGAAAGAGAACGGGAAGGAACCUGGAGUCGAGAAGAUCUUUCGGAGUAUUUCAUGAGGGCCUGCGCUAUCUUCUCUAGGCUGGGCCUUGGGUUCCUGCACGAUUUCCAAGAGGUCAGCUUUAAGAAACCCACCUUCUGCGACCACUGUGGUGGCUUUCUAUGGGGAGUCUCCAAGCAGGGAUACAGAUGUAGAGAUUGUUCCAUGAUCUGUCACAAACACUGCAAGAACCAGGUGGAGUUGGAGUGUCAAAGUCGCCACUUCCUUUCUUCCUCCUCCUCCUCCUCCUCCGACAGCACACCGCGCACAGCCACGUUGGCCACCAGUCACCAUCCCAGCUCUGGCUCAGAGGAAGAAAUGUUUCUCUUCCCACCAGGAUGGGAACAGGGCAAGAGUCCCAUGGUCUCGUUGUCCACCAGCCCGGGCAGCCGGCUGGUCAAACAUGCCUCCACCCAGACCGAGCAGACUGGCCAAGCAGCUGAAGAGCGGGAAGAACGGCCGCCGGGUAGUUGCAACAAAACUCAGAAGCAGCUCCUGGAACUGGUGAAAGAGCUGGAAAAGGAACGGGACAGGCUGGUCACCGCCAACCAGUGUCUUCAGAACCGCUACACACAGCUGGAGGCCGAGAACAGGCAGCUCCUGAAAGCCGGCAGUCCGGGGUCCCUGUAUGAAAUCGCCCCCCGGUUUAUCUGAAAUCAGCUCUUCCGCUGCUGUUCUCUGCCGCAAACUCUAGUAACUGGAGACCCUUCCCGGCGGGCAAGCCUUGAGCCUCGAAGUGCCGGAGAUCAGGAGAAGAGACUGGCGGAGGACGCUGAAAAAUUAAAACGGCAAGAAAAAGGAAAAAUUGGGAGCCGAGAACAGAUGCUGUCCUAGGGGUUUUUGUUGAGUUUCCAGUUGAGGAAAUUAACAACCUUUGCAGUCCUAGAAGGAACAGCGUGAAUCUGACCCCUUUCCGUACAGCUUCAGAUUUGUA